UCAUCAUUGUGCAUUAAUGUGUUCGUUGUUGUAGUGAAAUGUUUUUCGGGUGGAACCAUAGCUAAAUUGUAAACGUCAGUCAGUUUCCUUUUGAAAACAUUGUACCGCAAAUAAGUAAUUAUAAUAUUUUAAUAAAAUGUCGCGAAAUAAUACGGCCCAAGGCAGUGGAUCAUCUGUACAAACCUACAAAUUAGUAAUUGUUGGAGGUGGUGGUGUGGGAAAAUCGGCAUUAACAAUACAGUUCAUUCAGAGCUACUUUGUAACGGACUAUGAUCCCACUAUUGAAGACUCUUAUACCAAACAGUGUGUCAUCGAUGACAUCCCAGCCAAGUUAGAUAUUUUGGAUACUGCCGGUCAAGAGGAAUUUAGUGCUAUGCGUGAGCAGUAUAUGCGCUCUGGCGAGGGUUUCCUGCUUGUGUUCGCUCUAAACGAUCAUUCCAGCUUUGAUGAGAUACCGAAAUUCCAGAAGCAAAUCCUACGCGUCAAGGAUCGUGAUGAAUUUCCCAUGUUGAUGGUUGGCAACAAAUGCGAUUUGGAACAACAUCGACAAGUGUCAUUGGAGGAGGCGCAAAACGUAAGCAGAAAUCUCAUGAUACCGUACAUUGAAUGCAGCGCAAAGGCGCGUGUCAAUGUGGAUCAAGCUUUUCAUGAGCUUGUGCGAAUCGUACGGAAAUUUCAAUUAGCCGAACGUCCAUUCUUGGAGGAGAGCUACAAUAGGAAAAGCAAGCGAAAAUGUUGCGUAUUGUAAUGCGAUAUUAGGAAACAUUUAAAAGCUAGACAGAAGUUAGAGAGUGGAAGACGGUACAUGAUUUUUUCGAAGAUUAACAAUAAUUUUCGAUAUCGAAGUGGAAUUGAUGAAAAAUGCUGCCAAUAAACUGAAUUAGUUCUUCAAAAACAUGAAAACACACACACAAACAUAAAAAAAUCCAUACUAAUUGUAUAAGUGAGUGGAAAACAAGUGUAACUCAUAGUAGCAGCAAACAACGGUACAUGUGCAAUACGAGAGGAAGGAAAUAUUUUUUCAGCGUACCACUUGAAAACUUGAACAAUCUGUGUGUACACAUAACUAACAACAGUUUAUGAUAAUACAUUUAUUAAAACGCUACAUUUAUUGUACAAAAACGAAAUUCUAAUGCAAGCCACCAGAGUCCAUAGUAUAUACCGAACAGAGCAAAGAGUAUGCUAAAUGUGCUUUGCCACACUAAAUCAACGAAAAUAUCGAAUACCGCCAAAAAUAUUUAAUGUUUUUUAUUAAUCAAAUUAAUAUGUCAGUGAAAAACUUGUUAACCAAAUUUACGCUAAACGCUAAAAAAUCAAAACACCAAUUAAAAUUUUAUACACAUAUUAAAUUAAGGAAAUGAAAAAAAUAAUAUAUAUAUGUUUGUGAAUUUUAUAAACUAAUUAUGUACAACGUCAGGCGAUUAAAAUGUUUAACUAAUAAGUAUGUGAGUUUUGUAUUUAAUAUUAAAAUAAUAGUUUAUUUAUUAAGUGAUAAAAUUGCAUUGCGAAAAUCGUUACGAUUAUGCCAAAAGAGAUUUGUAUUUUUAUGCUUAAUAUUGAAAAACACCAUUUUUUGCUAAUAAUUGUCGAAAGAAAAUGUAUAAAUAAAAAUUAAAAAUGUAAAACAUUGUUAAUCAAAUCAAAAAAUCUAAAAAUUAUUAAAGAAAAGGAAAAAAUAUUAAGGAAUCAGAAAAAAAUUAUUAAAGAAAAAGAAAAAAAAAAAAACAAAUAUUAACUAACAGUUGAACAAAACGAAUAAAAUUUUGAGUGCCUACGUUUUUAUAUGUACAAACGUAUGUAUGAGUGUAAUGUAUGUAAAAGCAAACGCAGCCAAUCAUAAAUCGGUUGCAACUGCUACACCACCCUGAUAUUCUAAAAGUCUAAAAAUAAAUAAGAACGUUGUGUUACACUUAUUAAAUGCUAAAAAGCUGAAAUGCUAAAAGUUAUAUCGGAAAGUUAAAAUUCAAGUAAUAUUUACAUUUUUCAUUUAUUAUUAUUUAUGAAUAAACAAAGUGAUUGCCGUAUUUAUUAAUUAAUUUCACGUAUUUGCAAUGGCUAAACACACGCUGAUAUUUACAUAUCUGAAUUGCACAAAUCUCAUACAGACGGACAAUACACCGAAAAAUUUCACUGCACAAGUUUGUUUGUAAGCGUAAUAUUGAAGAUGAUGAAUAUUUUCUAUAAUAUAGCAUAACGGCAUGUCUUACAUAUGUAUGUAUGUGUGUGCAGUAAAGGUUGUUUGCACUUAUGCAAUAUGUUUUGAAAGAAAUAUGCAUUUCGAAAACGCACAAGCGCAUGUCGCAACAUUUUCGAAUGGCAAAAAUAAAAUUGAAAUCAUCUGUUCACAUGCCCAGUAUUCGCAGCGUUUGCAUUCAUACAACACACAUACAUGCAUACAUUGUUGUACGUACAAUUUUAAUUAAAUCAAAUAUUUUAGCGUUAUAUUUAUGUAUAUGUAUACAUUUAUGUGAGAAAAACAAAAAAAAUAAAAUACAUUUAAUAAAGCAAGGUCUAAUUUUUGUAAAACAAAAAUCAA